AUGUUAAUUAAUCAAUUAUUUGAUUUUAUUAAUCAAUUAAUAUUCGUUUUUAUUAGUAUUGAAAUUCAAUUACUUUAUAUAAGCAUUGCUUUUGGAUUUACUCAAUCUUCAUUCCUUUAAGAAUCUAUAAUAAAUAGAUCAUUUGCUCCCAUGUCUAAUAUAUUCUUAAAAAAAUCAACUUAUCCCUCUGAAUAAUAAUUAGAAACAGCAACACCUUCACUUCCUCAAACCUUUCAAAUAACUUCUCUUGAUAGUUACAUUAAUGCUCAUAUUAUAAUAAUAAAAUUCUUAUUGCUUAAUAAUAUUAAUAAGAUUUACCGUCCUAAAGGGAUUGCAUUAUUCUUUAUGGAGAAUAUGCAUACAAAGAGCUUUCACUUAAAUACUGUGAUCAAAGGAGAAUAUAUCAAAUUUUAAAUUCCUGUUCUUAUAUAAUUAUUAGGUAUCUCAACAAUUUAUUUUAGAAAAUGUCACCCAAAAUUAAAGAUGCAAUCGAUCGAAACAAACUUUAUUUAAUUUAUAAUCAUUAAUACAUCCUAGAAGGAAUUCAUAUUCCAGAACCAAAAAUUUAUGAACAUCAUCCAAAAGAAUGGUUUGGAGAAAUUAAAGAAUCAGAAAAGGCUGUUCUUGAUACUGGAGAACUUGCUAUUUCAUUAAUUAAAUAUUAUGAUAAUCAUGG